AUGUCUGCCCGUGGUCAAGCGCACACGAUUGAAAGCAUUGGACCUGCCAUCGUGAAUGGCUCGCACGACAUGAAGCAAACCCUUAGGCAAGAGGAACAUAUUAUGGUUCCAAGAGACUUAAUACUGCGGUACAUGAACCUUCACCAUCCGGAUGAAGUUCAGCGCCGGAAGAGUCGCCGGCUCAAACGCAGCACUUUUUGGACUGCAGGUCUUCAUGACAUAUGGUGGCGUCGUUUUCAGCUCUUCCUACAUGUUGGUACUGAGCCAUUCUCAGGGCGAAUACUCUGGCUCAAGAUCUGGUGGACCAAUCACAAUCCACGCUUGAUCUGUGGCUGGUAUUGUGACACGCCUACUAAUGCAAUCAUUCAAGCUAUGCCUCUCGUUACCCAAAGCGAUCUGGGCACAGAGAACAAUGGGAUUGCGAAUGGUCACACCAUGCUUCAUCAUCUUCAAGAUCUAGGUCUAGCACGCACCCUGCAGCACAAGUUCAGAGGCGACCAUCGCAAUAUAAAGCCAGAAAUUUUCUGGAACCAAUUGCGCUGUCGCUGGACUCUGGGUUUUGAAGAUAUUCUCGAUUUCGGUUUGAGUGCAGGCAUCUAUAACCCGGAUGAUGCACUUGAAAGACUUGUAUUUCACUUUGUUUUCAUUCCGUGGCUCCAGCAUGAGCUCGAUCUUUUUGCCGAUAAGUUCAACAACACUAAACCCCGCUUCAACAUGCACAAAAUCCUACCACAUGGUCGCCCCAAUGAUAUCUUUGAUUGCCCUGAGAGAUUUGAUUGUCGGGACUUCUCUGUGAUCGUCGAUAAUUCCUCACUUGAGGUCCGGAAAACAUACGCUCCUUCAGAUCACCCCGAAUUCUCUACGGCAUUCAUGUCUGAGCUCAGUCAUACUGUACUGACUCGUCUUCUUAUGUGCUUUCGAGCCAUUGAAGGCGAGGAUCCCAUUCAAAGUGUCAUUACCGCACAGCCAAAAAUCCCGUGCAACGGUGAAAAACUAAUUGGGUCUGAGGAGAUGGAUGUUCUGGAUUUACCGCCAUUUGUCAAAGGGGCUGGAUAUCAUGUACCCACUGGUGAAUCUGCGGCAGUCAACUCAUCAGAUGAAGAGUCUGACUUCUACGAGUUUACCUGGACAGAUGAGGAGGCAAUUUAG